CUCGGGACUAUUUUAGUAGCGGGAUUAUUCCCCCUUCUCAUGAUGCCGUGUUUCGUCUGCGGCGAAGAUUCAUCUGAGUGGAGCAUUGGGAUUUACUAUGGUUCGAUCAUGAUCCUACACAACAUUGGCUGGGCUUUAUCACAAGUUACUCAUCUGGCGCUAAUACCGGAGAUCGCUAAAAGACCCAGUGAAAUGGUGGAACUACACGGCUUAAGAUCCGGUUUUACAUUUCUCAGCGGCAUCUUUGUGUAUGCCAUAACUUGGAUUGUCCUUAGAACUGAUGACGGAGAUGAGAAGAUUUCUUACAGUCAGUGGAAAGACUUUAUGAAAAUAUCAUUGAUUGUGGUAGGGACAGGUUGUUUUUUUGCGUUAAUUUUUCACCUGGGGACCAAAGAGCCCCCUGCCGCUGUGGAAAACAGAAAAGGUCCUUUUAGCAGCUUCAUGUGGGGAGAGAAACGGAGAAUUCUAAGCGGCACUCUGUCUAUCCCUGAUAAAACACCUGGGGUGUUCUCUAUGUACAAAGAAAAAGAACUCGGUCAAGUUCCUGAGGAGAACUGGGUACAGACUGAAGCCACGCCCAAGGAACUCAAACAAGAGGAACAUGAAGAUAUUGAAGAUCUGGAAACUUCUCAGGAGAAGGCGGGUACUGACUCGCGCCAAAAAAGAGACAUAGAAGUACGCGUGGCUGAUUUGAGGAAAAGCACGGGUGGUAAUGAAUUUAGCUUUGCAAAUCCGGCCUUUUGUACCAAUGAAAAGUUAGACUUUGACCGUGAAAAAAUUGCUGAGGAUUCUAGUGAAAAUUCUGGCAUUCAAACGCAAGAAAAACAUGGGAUAACAAACGAAUUUAGUUUCUCAAAUCCUGCCUUUUUAAGCGAGGAUAAACAAAGCGACAGCAAUGUAACGAGUCCGCCAGAAACAAAUCAAGUGGGGGGCGGGGAUCGAAAUGAUGUAAUGGCUGAAAGUCAGAGUAACAGAUCUGAUUGUAGCGACGCCAGCGAAGGGUAUGCCUCAUCGCCUGAAAACAAUCCUGAUGAUUACAUCAAAAGUCCCCAUACAACGACAAUCCUUGAGAUAGAAAAGCCGGACUUUACCGAACAGGAUGAGACUGCAAUUGAAUCCAACUCUUCCUACGUUGCACCCAGGUCUCUCUCGUCCUAUAGCAGCCGCGGAGGCUUGCUUUCCAAGACGACUGAUGCGAGUUUCAGUGGAGAUAGUGUUAUAAUAGAGAUAUUGAAUGAUCAUGGAUCGGAGGGUAGUAAAACCAAUAAGAGCUGGUCUUAUUGGUUCAAGACUCCACUUUUCUAUAAGAUAUCUUUUGCCUUCAUGUGCGCACGCCUCGUUCAAGUACUCAGCUCCUCCUAUGUUCCACUCUAUUUGACGGAAACCCUUGGAUUUGAGAAGGCAUCCAUCGCUUAUUUUCCUUUGGUGAUCUUGAUCAGUAGUGUAAUUUCGAGCCUAGCUGCAAAGAAACUUGACAAAAUGCUGGGAGAAAAAUGGACGUACUGCUUAGCCGCCUCUCUGGUGGUAGGAUCCUCAGCUUGGUUUUAUCUUCAAGGUGAAUCAGGAAAAAACGCUGCCUACUGCGCCGCAAUCCUUGUAGGAUGCGGUAGUUCUGUGAUGUAUGUGACGUCUUUGGCUCUGGCUGGAAAACUGGUUGGAGACAAUAAAGAGUCCGGUGCAUUUGUCUUCGCGUCCAUGUGCAUUCUAGCCAAGGUGGCUUGUGGGACCUCUAUUUUAGUUAUUCAAGAAUUGUUUCCUACCGACGGAGGCACCGCUGAAUAUGUCCGUUACGCGUUCUCUGUGGUACCAGGCACUGCGUCAUUUCUGGGUUUCUUAGCUGUGAUUGCUUUCCUUCCAGCCACUAUGAAGUGCAAGAAAGUAGUUGACACCGCCGACUGCUCAGUACAGACAGAAGACAUCACAAAAAUCCCUUAUACUUACGAAAACCGCGCUACAAUGGGUGAUCUCGAUGGGGACUACAAGGAGGACGAGUUUGUUACAGAUGACGGCGAUAAAGCUCGUGCUGUAUGUUAAGAGGGAAAGGAUUAAAGUAAAUGCAAAGAAGGAGGGGAAAUGGAAGAGAACUCUAGAACAAUUUAGUUCGAAAUCUAGCGUCUCUGAGGAUCUUAUCUUUAGAAAACGUUGUGGAAAUGAUUUACAUUCAGAAAGAUACUAGAUUAACUAUUUUAGAAUUGAGCAAGCUUCAAUUAUUUUACUUGGAAGUUGUUCCACACUCUCUAUGGAGGUGAAUGGUACUUGCGAAUCACUUUCCGAACUAGCCAAUCAGCGCGCGCGAAAAGCACUAUGAUAGGUUGCUUUGUUGUAUGUAAAACGUACCUCAUGUAAAUAAACAGCUGAGUAAGGAGUAAUUUUUUUUUCAAUCACGUUGUCGCCUUUCUCGUUUCUUUUCGUCGUCGUUGGCUCGGCGAGACCUUGUAAUAGCCCUUUGUGCUCUUUUUUGCUAGUUUACAUGACAAGCGCGUUAUAUUAUGAAAGUUUUCUAAUCUUUUUCGUUUCUUUUCAUCGUCGUUGUUAUCAUCAUCGUCAUCGCCAUCG